GGACUGUGGCGAGUUCCUCAGGCCUAGACAAGUUUUCCGGAUUCCUCCACACCCCUCCCCACCCCGCCUCCCUCGUCGAGUACGGAUGCUGAGAGGGUCCGCGGGCAGUCAUGGCGGCGCACCUAAAGAAGCGAGUGUACGAGGAAUUCACUAAGGUGGUUCAGCAACAACAGGAGGAAAUUGCAACCAAGAAACUCCGAUUGACAAAACCAAGUAAAUCUGCAGCACUCCACAUAGAUCUGUGUAAAGCUACCUCCCCAGCAGAUGCUUUGCAGUACCUGCUCCAGUUUGCCAGGAAGCCUGUUGAAGCAGAAAGUGUGGAGGGAGUGGUCAGGAUUCUCUUGGAACAUUAUUAUAAGGAGAAUGAUCCCUCUGUGAGAUUGAAAAUUGCAUCGUUGUUGGGCUUAUUAUCAAAGACUGCAGGAUUUUCACCAGACUGCAUUAUGGAUGAUGCCAUUAACAUCCUGCAGAAUGAAAAGUCUCAUCAAGUCCUAGCUCAACUGUUGGACACUUUGCUUGCAAUUGGCACUAAACUCCCAGAGAACCAAGCUAUUCAGAAUCGAUUAGUUGAUGUAGCCUGCAAGCAUCUCACAGAUACCUCCCAUGGUGUAAGAAAUAAAUGCCUGCAAUUACUUGGGAAUCUUGGUUCUUUGGAGAAAAGUGUCACAAAAGAUGGAGAAGGCCUAGCUGUCAGAGAUGUCCAGAAGAUUAUAGGGGAUUACUUCAGUGACCAAGACCCACGAGUCAGGACAGCGGCUAUAAAAGCCAUGUUGCAACUCCAUGAAAGAGGACUGAAGUUACACCAAACAAUUUAUAAUCAGGCCUGUAAAUUGCUGUCUGAUGACUAUGAACAAGUGCGCAGUGCUGCAGUCCAACUUAUCUGGGUUGUCAGUCAGCUCUAUCCUGAAAGCAUUGUCCCAAUCCCUUCUUCUAAUGAAGAGAUUCGCUUAGUUGAUGAUGCAUUUGGAAAAAUUUGUCACAUGGUUAGUGACGGCUCCUGGGUGGUUCGAGUUCAAGCUGCAAAGCUAUUGGGCUCUAUGGAACAAGUCAGUUCUCAUUUCUUGGAGCAGACACUUGACAAGAAGCUCAUGUCAGACCUUAGGAGAAAACGCACUGCACAUGAACGUGCCAAGGAACUUUACAGUUCAGGGGAGUUUUCCAGCGGCAGAAAGUGGGGAGAUGAUGCUCCCAAGGAGGAAAUAGAUACGGGAGCUGUGAACUUGAUCGAGUCAGGAGCUUGUGGAGCCUUUGUUCAUGGAUUGGAAGAUGAGAUGUAUGAGGUCCGCAUUGCUGCUGUGGAGGCUCUGUGCAUGCUGGCCCAGUCUUCCCCCUCUUUUGCUGAGAAGUGCCUUGAUUUUCUGGUCGACAUGUUUAAUGAUGAAAUUGAGGAAGUACGUCUGCAGUCCAUACACACCAUGAGAAAAAUCUCUAACAAUAUCACCCUCCGAGAGGAUCAGCUUGACACUGUCCUGGCUGUGUUAGAGGAUUCAUCCAGAGAUAUUCGAGAGGCUCUUCAUGAACUUUUAUGCUGUACUAAUGUUUCAACCAAAGAAGGGAUUCAUCUUGCACUGGUGGAGCUGCUGAAAAAUCUAACCAAGUACCCCACCGAUAGGGACUCCAUAUGGAAAUGCUUGAAGUUUCUUGGAAGUCGGCAUCCAACCCUGGUGCUUCCCUUGGUGCCGGAGCUCCUGAGCACCCAUCCGUUCUUUGACACAGCUGAGCCCGACAUGGAUGAUCCAGCUUACAUUGCAGUUUUGGUUCUUAUUUUUAAUGCUGCUAAAACCUGUCCAACAAUGCCAGCAUUAUUCUCAGAUCAUACCUUCAGGCACUAUGCCUACCUCCGAGACAGUCUUUCUCAUCUUGUUCCUGCCUUAAGGUUACCAGGUAGAAAACUGGUGUCAUCGACUCUUUCUGCCAAUAUCACACCUCACGAGGACCCUUCCCAUCAGUUCCUGCAGCAGAGCCUUGAAAGGGUGUACAGUCUUCAGCACCUGGACCCUCAGGGAGCCCAGGAGCUGCUGGAGCUCACCAUCAGGGAUCUGCAGAGACUUGGAGAACUCCAGUCUGAAUUAGCAGGAGUCGCUGACUUCUCUGCUACCUAUCUUCGGUGUCAGCUUCUUCUCAUCAAGGCCUUGCAAGAAAAGCUUUGGAAUGUCGCUGCCCCUUUGUAUUUGAAGCAGAGUGAUUUGGCCUCAGCAGCAGCAAAACAGAUCAUGGAAGAGACCUACAAAAUGGAGUUCAUGUACAGUGGUGUGGAGAACAAACAGGUGGUGAUUAUCCAUCACAUGAGACUGCAGGCCAAAGCCUUGCAACUUAUAGUAACAGCACGGACUACUCGAGGAGUUGACCCCUUGUUUGGGAUGUGUGAAAAGUUUUUACAGGAAGUGGACUUUUUUCAGAGGUGUUUUAUCGCUGAUUUGCCCCACCUACAGGACAGCUUUGUGGACAAACUUCUUGACCUGAUGCCCCGACUCAUGACAUCUAAACCUGUAGAAGUGGUCAAAAUUGUACAGACCAUGCUGCGUCAGAGUACCUUCCUACACCUCCCUCUUCCAGAACAGAUUCACAAAGCUUCAGCCACCAUCAUUGAACCAGCAGGCGAGUCAGACAACCCUUUGCGGUUUACAUCUGGGUUGGUUGUGGCCCUGGAUGUCGAUGCAACCCUGGAGCACGUUCAGGAUCCUCAGAACACCGUGAAGGUCCAGGUCUUAUAUCCAGAUGGCCAGGCUCAGAUGAUUCAUCCUAAGCCGGCAGACUUCCGGAAUCCUGGGCCAGGGCGCCACCGGCUUAUCACUCAGGUGUACCUCUCGCACACUGCCUGGACAGAACCAUGCCAGGUGGAAGUCAGGCUGCUGCUGGCCUACAACUCCAAUUCCCGCCUUCCAAAGUCCCCCUGGGUUGAGGGUGGUGAGGUGUCCCCCCAGGUGGAGACCAGCGUCAUCGAGGGCACCAUCCCCUUCAGCAAGUCUGUGAAAGUUUACAUAAUGCCCAAGCCCGCAAGGCGCUGAGGCGCAAGCGGUUUUUAGAGCCGAGGCUGGAAGGCCCUUCUUAGGUGUCAGAAUGGGCCAGAGGCCUAGAACACGUCACCUGGACAUGGCAUAAAGGCAUAAGGAGGACAUGACCCUUUGGUCUCGUCUGGUAUCAAAUACAGGAUAAAUUAUUUUGCAUUAAAAAUCCAAAAACCUUCAAAUCUACACCUAUUCCUUCCCUGUCCCCCCAUUCCUCCAAUAAAGUUGAGAAAACACCUAGGCAUUCCAGUUCCUGGUCCUUAAAAAAAGUUAUGUGUCUAUAGGUUCAGCAUUUAUAUCACAUGGCUACAUUCCUCAAGUGUGAAACAAAGAUCCAAUUUUCUAGCCACCUCCAAAGAAUGGUUUAUUAGAGCAUAAUCUUGCUUCUUACAUCAACAGUCUGUUUGCCAGGGCCCCCUCCUUUCACAGCUGUGCUUUUUCACCAGCGACAGCUCCUGAAUGGCCGUAAAGAUCGCUCUCUUGCUGAAAAGCUCUUUUCCUAACUCAGGUAAUAGCUGUGCCAAGGACUGAAUGAAUGGCUAGAAAAUGAAUCAUUUUUGUCCCUGAGGGAGAUUCUUGAUCUUGCCCGUCAUUACCCUAAGAACCAAAAUUAUACAUAAGGGCCAUAUUUUAGGAGAAACAAGGAUUAUGGAAAAGAAGGAUCCAGAGUAAGAAAUAAAGUUCUCUCCCACUGUAUCAUUGA